AUGGAAAGUUUCCUUUCUGCAGCCUUGGGUGAAUUGAUGACUAGAUCCAUGAAUUUCAUCAUCGACAAGUUCUCUAAGCCGCCGGCACUGGCCAUGGAGGAAAGCCUCCAGAGGACUCUUCUCCGAGCACAGGCCAUCGACGAGGAGGCCAUGGUGCGGCACAUCACUAAUCAAGCCAUGAUCCAGCAGCUGGGCAUGCUGAGAGACGCCAUGCACCGAGGCUAUUACACACUCGACGCCUUCAGGUACCAGCCUCACUAUGGAGAGGAUGACAGUGAUCAAGUUGUGAGUCGAUUUAUGUCCCUAUCCAAGGUAGCCUCUGCAAAGCAUCCCUAUUUCUUCAGUCAAACUGCACAGUUUCGGGAACAGCUACAAGAGGCACUAGACAGAUUGAGCUCCAUGAUUGUUGAUCUGAAUGAGUUGGUCAUGUUCUUGGCGAGCUACCCUCGUCUGUGUCGCCAACCUUACAGCAUGCAUAUCCUACUGGGUAACUGCAUGUUUGGUCGCCAGGUGGAAGCAGAACUUGUCAUUAAAUUUCUGCUGCACACACAGCCUCAUAGUUCUCAAGAGUUGGAGGUCCUGCCAAUUGUCGGUCCACCCAGAGUCGGCAAGAGUACCCUAGUCGCUCAUGUUUGCAAGGAUGAAAGAGUCCAAGAUUAUUUCUCAGAAAUCUUGUGGCUGAAUGACCUUGAUUUUAAAGAUGACGAGCUAGCUUUCAGACAAGGAUAUGCGAUGAAACAUCAAAAUCAAGUGUCAAACUCGAACAAAGGCAAGAGAUUGCUAGUUGUUAUAGAACUAUCUAGAAAUCUCUAUGAAGAUGCUUGGAGUAGGUUCUAUCUUGCUUCCAAACGGAGCUUUUGUUGCGGGAGUAAAAUCAUAGUCACAAGCCGUUUAGACAGAGUUGCAAAAUUUGGAACAGCACAGGCUCUAACUCUAAAGCACCUAUCACAUGAAGCAUACUGGUAUUUCUUCAAGACACUUACAUUUGGAAGCAUGGAUCCCGAGACACACCCAAGACUUGCACAACUGUCCAUGGAGAUAGCCAGAACUCAGAAACGUUCGAUCAUUGGCGCAUACAUCACCUCUUAUUUGUUGAGGAGCAAUUUUGACAUCAAUUUUUGGUGCAAGGUUCUGAACUUCUGGAGAGGGAUCAUCCGGAAGCAUGUCUCCAAAUUCGCGCCAGCAUCCAUCUGA